AUGGGUAAUGUAAAUAGUGUUAACUUAAAAAAUUGCAUUAUAAUUUUGAAUAGAUUAAUAGAAAUACAAGAUAUAUCAUUAGAAAAUAGUAUUUGGAAUGAUAUAAGAAAUAGAAGUAGAACUAAUAACAUAAAAAAUGACAAGAAUCUAGAAUUCUUAUUAUACUUUGCAAAAGGAAUAAUUAAAAAUAUUUGUAAAAAAAAUAGCUAUUUGAAACUAAUUGGGAUAAUAGAAUAUUCUAGAUAUUAUAAUACCAUUAAUGCCUUAAAAAAAAGAAAGGAUACGUUUCAAAUAUAUUUAUUUUAUAGGGAUAAGUACCUAAUUCUAAAAUAUUUUAAUUUAUUAGUAGAUUUUAAGAAUUAUAUUUUAAAAUGGAUAAGAAUGAAUUUUACAAAUGAAUACAAAACAUUUUUAAAAUCAGGAUUUGUACUAAUGGAUGAAUAUAAUAAGAUAUACGAUUUAAAUAGAUUUUAUGAAGAAUUAAAGUUUUACUUAAAUAGAAAACUGAAAAUAUAUUUCUUGAUUCCUAUAGAAAUACCAAUAUAUAUAUUUAGUAAUGAUUUGAAUAGUUAUAAAUUAAAUGGCAACCAUAAGGGUGUAUAUAAUUUAAAAUCCAAUGAGGUUAUAAACAAUUAUGAAAAAAAACAUUACACAAAUAGUGUGAUAGCUAAUUUUUUAAUAGAAUUAAUUUUGUAUUGUAUAUAUUGCGAAGAUGAAGAAAAUAUGAAUAGUGAUGAAUUGCUUUCUUUAUUAAAAAUUCAAAACUAUAUCUUCGAUAUUUUUUUUUAUUUAUCAUCUGUUGAUAUUGAUUCUUUUAAUUAUAACGAAUUUUUUCGUAAUAAUAUAAAAUUAACUAAUGAUUCAAAUAAAAUGAUCAAUAGAGAAAACUUUGAGAAAAAUAAAAAAGAAAAAGAAUAUGUUAAUAUUAAAGCAAAUUAUAAAAAUGAAGGUAGUCAAAAUAACACUGCUGAAUUAAAUAGAGAAAUCGUAAAUGUGAUACAUGAUAAUGGAGUGGAUAAAGAUUUUUUUAUAGUAGAAUCACAAUUAUAUUCACCAAAUAUUUUCCUUCUUGAAAUUCUAUUAAAAUUAAUUAAAAAAUUAUAUAAAUAUAAUAAUUUUUUAUUUAAUAAAUUGACAUACGAAUUCUUAACAUAUUUAAUAAAUAUAUUGUAUUGUGAUAAAUAUAAUAUAGGAUUGAAAUUUUUUGAUAAUUUUAAAAGAAAAUGUUUAGGUCUUUUUAUAUUGUGUAUUUUUUAUAAAGGAAACAGUAUAAUGGAUGAAAAAAAUAAAAAUAGUGUAAAUUUGGUUAAAAAUAAAAAAUGUGUACCAUCUAAUGAAAAUGGAGACAAUAUAUUUUUGCUUAUUUUCAAUGAAUUAUAUGACUUAAACAUUUUUAAUAAGAAUGAAAAUAAAUAUUAUGAAAACUUUAGAAUAAAUACUAUUGAUUUUAAAAGAAUAUUCAAAGUUUUUAUAGAUUCAGGGAAUUAUUAUAUGAAUUUAAAAAAUAACUAUACUAUUUUAAAUUUCGAACAUGCUUAUUUUUUAUUGUUGUAUAUAUUUUUAUAUAAGAAUAGAAGAUUUAAUAUGUAUUUUUUUAGUAAUAUAGACAAUGUUCAAAUUUUUAUUCUUGUUUUAUAUUUCUUUACUAAAAUAACUCACCAAAUAAUUUUUAAAAAUUGUCCUUUUAGUAAAAAUGAUAUCUAUUUAGUAACUUUAAUUUUAAUUAUUUUUGUUAUGAUAAUCCAUGAUACAAAUUUUGAAAAAUUAUUUAGAACUGAAAUCAACACCAAAUUUUUACAGAUAUUUGAUUUACAUUAUCAAACAAAUUAUGGAAAUCUUUUUGUUUACUCAAUAUUAAAAUUAGCAAUAUGGAAUUUUAGGACAUUUAAAAAUAUUUUUAUUUUAGAGCUUAUAUAUGCCAUUUUAAUUAAUAUAAAAAUUUCUUUUCUUCUUGAUUCAGAAAUUAAUAAUUUAUUAAUUAAAUACUUUAGUGCAUUUUUAGAUAAUAUAAUGAAUAUUAUUGAUAUUAUAUCAUCACCUCAAGAAAAUUCCAAUAAAUAUAAAAAUUAUAUAAAUGAAUAUAGCAUUCAGGCUACGGGAAUUUUGUUUAAAUCAAUAUUAAUUUUGUUGUGUAAAAAUAUGAAUAAUACUAAUAUAGAUAAUCUAAUGAAUGUUGUUUCUAAUAUUUAUGAAAAACUAAAUAUAGAUAAUCUUAAUAAUAAAAUAAACAAAAUCAUCUAUUUUAAUCAUGAGAAUACGAAUAAUAAUAAUGAAAUGUUCAAAUACAUAUUAAAAUCCUUGAUUCCAUAUCUUCAAUAUAUUAAAAUAUGCUUAUUGUAUUUUUAUAACAAAAUAUAUUACAAGAAUAAGAAUUAUAAUAUGGAUGAGUUACACAUUUUAAUUAAUAAUUUAGCAUUAAAUUUUAAGAUGUUUACAUAUAAUAAAAUUGAUAGUAAAAACAAAAUAAUGAAAAAUCAUGAAAUUGAUAAAAAUGGAAGUAUGGAUUUGCAAAAUGAUUAUAUAGAAAUCAGUAACAUAAUGAAUCUUUAUCCUGUAGAUUUAAAUGUAAUUCGUUAUAAAUUUGAUGAAGACAUUUAUUCAAUUUUUUUCUUUUUUCCAUAUAUCUGGUGUGUAAUUAAUAAACUAAUUAAAUUAAAAUAA